CCAGGAUCCCCCAGACUUUGGAAAUUGUCAAACAUGCAGUAGAUAUUGAGGAACAAGGAGUGAAAGUCAAGCUGACAGUGAUUGAUACUCCAGGACUUGGGGAUGCAAUAGACAAUACGGAGUGCUGGAAACCAAUUGCCGAUUACAUUGAUGGCCAGUUUGAACAGUAUUUCCGGGAUGAGAGUGGCCUUGACCGCAAGAAUAUUCAGGAUGGCCGUGUUCAUUGCUGCCUCUACGUCCUCUCGCCUUUUGGGCACGGACUCCGCCCCCUGGAUAUAGAAUUCCUCCGAGCCAUUCAUGACAAAGUCAACAUUCUGCCUGUGAUUGGAAAAGCAGAUUGCUUGACACCGAAAGAAGUGCAGCAAAAGAAAGAAAAGAUUCGGCAGGAGUUAGAAGCCAACAGCAUCUGCACUUAUGAGUUUCCUGAGUGUGACUCCGAUGAAGACGAAGCGUUCAAAACUCAGGAUGCUGAGAUGAAGAGGAGCAUGCCUUUUGCUGUCGUUGGAUCUAGCCACGUGGUCGGAGAGUUAAAGGGCAAAGGAUUUCGGGGAAGAGAGUAUGCGUGGGGAACAGUGGAAGUGGAGAACGCUGCUCACUGCGACUUCCUUAAACUUCGGAACAUGUUGAUUCAAACUCAUAUGCAGGACCUGAAGGAUGUGACCCACGAGGUUCAUUACGAAAAUUACCGCGCACAGUACAUUCAGAGUCUCACCAGACCCGGGGCUCGGGAUCGCAGUAGCCGCGCGAAACUGUCACGCCAGAGUGCCACUGACCUGCCUGUCCUGCCUAUGUCCGACACAGAGAAAUUAAUUCGCGAGAAGGAUGAGGAGGUAAGUCACAAAGAGAAACAGGACCGUUGUGCGAAUUUUUACAGUUCCCUGAGGGACUGAAUAUUCCAACUACGCAAGCGAUAGGGUUGAUGGCAAAGGAGAAUUGAUGGACAUCUGCAACAUUCCAUCUCAUUUUUUCCUUCUUGAUUUCCCUCUAAGUUGCAAGGG